AUGUUCUCCGUCAGAGCCCUCACCCGCGCCGCCCCGCGGACCAUCAGCCGUGCGGCCGCCGGCGCUUCCCUGCGCUCCUCCGCCAUCGCCCGCCCCAGCCUUACCAGAACCCCCGCCGCCGUCAAGGCCCUGCUGCCGACCCGCGCCGCCGCCUUCUCAACGACCGUGCGCCGGAGCAGCAAGGAGGAGGACGUCGAGGUCGACGAGGCCCUCUCCGCCAAGCUGGAGAGCGAGAUCCAGAUCGAGGAGGACAUCAAGGCCAACGAGCAGCAGCCCGCGAGCAUCAAGGACUUCCUCGACAACAGCCCCUUUGAGCUGGUCGACACCCCCGGCCAGGAAGUCGUCAAGCUGAUCCGCAACUACGGAGAGGAGAAAAUCACCAUCAGCUUCUCCAUCGCCGACAUCACCAACUUCGACCCCUACGCCGAGGACAACCUCUUCGACGAGGACGACCUCCCCGAGGAGUCCCUCCAGUCCGACAAGCAGCAGAACCCCGAGCACGACCUCGAGGGCGACGAGGACGUCGACGAGGACGUCGACGAGGAUGCCGGCGCCCCCAUCAACCUCUCCAUCCUCAUCGAGAAGCCCGGCAAGACGGCCGGCGCCCUCAACAUCGACGCCACCGCCCGCGACGGCGACAUCGUCGUCGACAACAUGUUCUUCUACGAGGACGCCACCGUCGCCCGCAUCGACUCCCCCGAGGCCGCCCAGAAGCGCGCCGACGUCUACCCCGGCCCGCCCUUUGGCAGCCUCGACGAGGACCUGCAGGUCCUCAUGGAGCGCUUCCUCGAGGAGCGCGGCAUCAACGAGACGCUGGCCGCGUUCGUGCCCGACUACGUCGAUGUCAAGGAGCAGCAGGAGUACCUCCGCUGGCUCAAGAACGUCCGCACUUUUGUUGAUGCCUAA